CAGAAGGAAGAAAUAAAGGAAAAAAGUGAAACAAUACAGAACCUUAAGACCGAGUUAAACAAAUAUGCUAAAGGUGUAGAUAAUGGUAACAAACAUUUUCUUUUUUAACAAAGCAAAAGUAUGUAGAUCCCAUGGGCAUCAUUUUAUAUGUCCCCCAUGUGAUGUAUUCCCUCAAUAAUAAAAUAGCAUUUUAGUUAUUUUUAUCUUUAGCCUUAACAAUUACCAACACACAUUAAUUCCUAAUGUAUAGGAAUGGUUUUUCUUAACAAAAAUCAAAUAAGCCAUAUUUUAAAGUUAUUUAUCUUUAGUCCUUGCUGAGCAUAGAUUGCAAGACGAAGCAGCGUGGAAUACAAAGAUUGCUGCAUUAGAGAGAAAACUAAAUGACUCAAAGAGGGAGCAUGCUAAAGCUGGUAAUAUUAUUUUAUGAUAACAAGAGAAAUUUUAAAUCUAUUUAAAAUUUCAUUAAAAUUUUUUAGGAUAAGCACAUAUUUUCAUCUAAAAAUUGAAAUUCUCUUGUACAAUAAUGGUCUAUUGGUUCUAAUGGUCUAGAAUGUUUUGCAUUUUUAAACCCGCAGUUAUUUCAAUGCGACAAAUGGAGCGUAAUCAUUCAAGAGAGUUAGAAAGGGCUCAGGAUCUCCUUCAGACAACUGAGGAACAUUUGAACAAGCAGCUGAAGCGGAUUCAAAAUGAACUUUUAAGGGUAGAGAAAGAAAGAAAUUUGAUGAUGGUGAGUAUUAUUUCAUUAAGAAAUUUUUAUUUUUUCUCCGGAUGUGAAAUAAUAUUCAGAAAAACUUUAAAAAUUCAUUAAAAAUGUUUAAUAAGUAUUUUUUUACUAUUAUGUGGUCUCAAGAAAUAAAAAUAUAAAUAUAAUCGCAAAUGAUAGCUGUAUUUUUUUUCUACAGUGGAUAGAAACACAUUUAAAAUCAUUAAUUUAUUAAUAGUUAUUUUUUUAUGAUAAAAGAAAUCCAAUGUUAUUUUUUAAACUGUAAAAUAAUUUCACAUUCAAUAUUUUUGAAAGGCUACAUUAAGACAAGAAGGCUUAAUCAGCAACCUAAAAAGUGAGAGAGGCGACCCCAUAAAGCUUUCAUUCGGAGCAGAAGACCAAGUUUUCCUCUUAAGUAAUAACAAUUUUAAUACCUGUACAAAUACAGAGCCUCAUAAACUGGAGUCAUUAAUGCAAAGAUCUGAUAAAGAAGGUGAUAAUGUGAUGCUUGAGGAUAUAGAAAAAGUUAACCACAAAAAAGUCUGGCAUCAUGAAGAGUCUCAUAGAAAUAAUCAAGGUCAGCCAACAUUUUAA